CACAUUAAUGUUCCCCCACUGCGCCAGCCUAAACAGCUCACCAUAUUUGUGAAGAUCCAAACAUCAAAUUGGAAUUUCAUCAGGCUUGUUCGACAGUCACGUCACGUCAAAAUAAAAUACCGUGACAUGAAAGCCGAAUGUCGAACUUCCGGCAUCCAAUAUUGAAAUCCAAGUAUGCCUCGCCGUCGACCGUCAUCUGGUAAGAGUAAUUCUCGCUCGAAGGCACGGCCAGUGGAUCGCAAGGAUGGUAAAAUAAAACGGUGGAAUAAGGCUUCUGAUAUUGAGUUAGACGAAGAGGACCAAUUCCAUGCGUCCAGGGAUAAAAUUCUUUUGGAUGAAGAUGGAGAUGUCGAGGAUGAAGACGGGGAUGAAGACGAAGUGUUUGCUCUUGAAGGGGUAUCAGACGAGGAUUCAGAGGAAGCUGAAGGAGACGAGGACGAGGACGGACUUGCGCAUGCUGAAGAUGACGACGACGAAGAAGAUGCAGUUGUCACCAGGAGAAAAACCAAGUUGAGGAAGGCCUCAUCUCCAGAUACCGGAUCUGAGGAUGAGUCCUGGGGCCGAAGCAAGUCAGCGUAUUACUCCUCUAAUGCCGCCCAGAUUGACUCAGGAGACGAGGAGGCAAAUGAACUAGAGGAACAGGAAGCACGUAAACUUCAGCUGAAGGCUCGGGACGCUAUUGACGAGGGCGAUUUUGGAUUGGGUGAAGGUCUCGAACCAGCAUCCGAUGCUGAGGUUGAAGAUUCAUUAGAGGAACAAUCACGGCCCCUAAUCGACGCAUCCUCAAAUGACAAGACGACCAUCUUGCAGCACCUGGAAAGAGAAAAUCCAGAGGCUCUUGCCUUGGCCCGUGACUGGGAUGAUACGGCCCGUAAUCUCAUCGAAAUACAAGCAAAAAUCGCCGCAACAUCGGAGAAAGAAACCGACGGAAUUGAACUCGGGCUUCUGCACGUAUACUACCAGGCUCUCCUGACCUAUGCCACUACCCUCGCAUUUUAUCUUCACCUUCGCUCCUCGAAUAAAUACGCAGGUCGUCCUCUACUCCUGAGACAGCACCCUGUCCUAAAUCGCUUGCUCACUCUCAAACAAUCACUCAUCAUGUUAGAAAAUUUGGGCGUUGGCACUGAUCCGCAGGAAGAAGAAGACGAAGAAGAAGACGAAGACGCAUACGACGAACCAGGAUCUGACUUGUGGAGCAUUCUAAUGGCGAAGGGUCUCGAAUCUAACGAACUUACAGAUUUAUUGAUGGACGCCGAGAAAAAACCCGGAAAGGCGUCCAAGAAAGAGACGAUCGAAGCUAACCCUUCCAAGAAAAAACGCAAGACUUCCGAUGAUAAAAAUGGACAGCCAAUCUUCGACCUUGUCGAGCCAGACUUUGAGGCAGCCUCGACUUCCGCAAAGAAGAAGCGUUCGGCUCCCGCUGACACCGGUAGCACAGACGCAUUUGGUGAAUCCACGUUCCUACAACACGCUGACGCCACGGACAAACAGGCACGCAAGAAGAGCUUGCGUUUCCAUGUGUCACGGAUUGAAAGCGCUACUGCACGGCGUCAGAACGCUCGUAUCAAUGCGGUGGGCGGUGAUGAUGACAUUCCUUACCGCGAACGAAGGAAAGAAAAGGAACAGAGAAUGGAGAAAGAGCGGCAGCGCAAGGCCGGAACAUUGGGGAUGGGCGGAGAUGACCUGGAUGGUGUGGAUCCCGAAAUUACUGAUGCAAGCAACCGCGGCAAAAAGAGACGGAGAGAUGUUGAUGUUGAGGACGAUGAUGAUAGCGACACGGCUGCAGCACAUGGCUAUUACGAGCUCGUAAAACGACAAGCCGCGGACAUGAAGAGCAAGAAAAAGACGGACUAUGAGGAGGUUCGGGCGGCCGAGCGACUCGUCUCUGAUCAACAUGAUGAGACAUCUGGCCCGCGCUCGGUCACGCGAGCCAUCAUGAAAAAUAAGGGACUAACGCCGCACAGGUCAAAGAGUGUACGCAAUCCCCGUGUUAAAAAACGCCAAAAAUACGAGCAAGCCAAAAAGAGGGUGUCAUCACAACGUGCUGUUUACAAAGGUGGUAUUGGCGAUGCCUCGAAAUAUACAGGCGAGCAGUCUGGUAUAUCCAAAGUUAUCAAGAGCGUCCGCCUGGGAUAAAGGGUAUCACUAUCUGGAAUAUAUCCUGCUACAGUACAUCGUACUAUUUAGACAACAUGGCGAAACCAAAUGGGAGGCUCGAAUAACUACAUAAUCGAAAAUGUGAGUCCAUGGAUGCAGAAAGGGCUGGGAGGGGAGUA